AUGGCCACCGAGAACAGGAUCAAUUUUUGGAGGAGAAACGCAAAGGUUCCUGGAAGUUCACAUGUGGUCUUCUCCAGUGUGCAGCCUGUUUAUGGAGCACAGCAUCCUCCUCUUGACCCAUGUCUGCGACGUUUGUAUCCCAAAGACACAAAGCUGAAAUUAAAUAAUCCCAAGUCCAAGAAGACAUCAAGCUUCCAUGAAUUUGCUCGUAGCACAAAUGAUGCUUGGGACAUUGACGACGAUGAGGAAGAAGACGAUAUCCUUGGCGGUGCAGCCCUGUGUUCUUCCCUGCCCUCGGGACUGCAAUCCACGUUCACUCAGAAACAGAAGCACAAAGGUGUCACACAAAGUGGGAUUUCAAAAACAGUAGAGGAUGACACUGAUUGCAAGCUUGUGAACAGCAAGGUUGUCAAAUCAAACAGCGAGGUCCACCUCAGCACACCAUCAGUUCGCUCCACACUCCAGAAACAGCAGUCUUUACCUGUUCGACCCAUCAUUCCGCUGGUUGCUCGCAUUUCAGACCAGAAUGCAUCUGGAGCCCCUCCCAUGACAGUGCGGGAAAAAAGCCGACUGGACAAAUUCAAGCAGCUGCUGGCUAGUGCCAACACUGACCUUGAUGAGCUGCGGAAGCACAGCUGGUCAGGCAUUCCGAGGGAAGUCCGUCCAAUCACCUGGAGGCUACUCUCCGGUUACCUGCCGGCCAAUAAGGAACGCAGAGAGCUUGUUCUCAAAAGGAAACGAGAGGAGUACUUUGGCUUCAUUGUGCAAUAUUACCACUCCAGAACAGACGAGCACUAUAAGGACACAUACCGACAGAUUCACAUCGACAUUCCGAGAACCAACCCUCUGAUUCCAUUGUUCCAGCAGCCUGUAGUGCAAGAGGUAUUUGAGCGUAUCCUCUUCAUAUGGGCUAUCCGACAUCCGGCGAGCGGUUACGUCCAGGGGAUCAACGAUCUUGUCACACCUUUUUUUGUUGUCUUCCUCUCGGAGUUUGUCAUGGAGGACAUGGAGAACUUUGAAGUGGCUGCUCUGUCUCUGGACAUUCAGAGAAACAUUGAGGCUGACAGUUUUUGGUGUAUGAGCAAACUGCUGGAUGGAAUACAGGACAAUUACACCUUUGCUCAGCCGGGAAUCCAGAACAAAGUCAAAGCUUUAGAAGAGCUUGUGGGUCGGAUCGAUGAGGACAUUCACAACCAUUUCAAGAAGUAUGAGGUGGAAUAUCUACAAUUUGCUUUCCGAUGGAUGAACAAUCUGUUGAUGAGAGAGCUGCCACUGCGCUGCACUAUCCGCCUCUGGGAUACAUACCAGGCGGAAGCAGACGGGUUCUCACAUUUUCAUUUGUAUGUUUGCGCUGCUUUCCUUAUUGAGUGGCGUAAAGAAAUUCUCUCCAUGGUUGACUUUCAGGGCCUUCUUAUACUACUGCAGAACCUUCCCACAAUCCACUGGGGUAAUGAGGAAGUUGGCCUUCUUCUGGCAGAGGCUUACAGACUGAAGUACAUGUUUGCAGAUGCCCCCAGCCACUACAAGAGAUAG